UCUAUAAAAAGAAAACAGCAGCAUUCGUCAACUCUUAUAUAUAUCAUUCUUACUUCUUCUUCUUUAAUUAUCAACUCCCAAACUAACCCUGAUUAAAGGGAAACCUAUAUAACUAGCCAGAAGAAGAAGCUUUAUAAAUAUUCACUCUAUAUAUAGUUCUCUGCUAGCUAGCUAGCUCAUAUUUAUUUUGUUAGUGAUGAUGAUGGAGGAUCAAAGGGUUGGUGAUCUUCCUCCAGGAUUUAGCUUUGAUCCAACGGAUGAAGAGCUUGUGUUAUAUUAUCUCAAAAGUAAAUUAGCUGCAAGUAAUUUGCCGCUCUACCCAAGCAUCAAUAUUCCUGUUCUUGAUUUUUCUUCUUCUGAUCCUUGGGAACUCAAUGAGAGGGCUUUGUGGAGCAAAAACAAGUGGUAUUUCUUCAGCCAAGUGAAGGAAAAUAUUCGAGCUACUGCAAAAGGAUAUUGGAAGGAACUAAAUAUGAGUGAGCCAAUUAUACUCAUAAGUUGUGGAGAGAAAAUAGUAGGAAUAAAAGAGUACUUUGUGUACUAUAUUAGUAAUAUUCAUGAAGAAGUACAGACUAGUUGGAUUAUGGAAGAAUUUCACCUCUCUAGCAAUAAUUCCUUCAAGAAGAGAGAAAAUGAGAAGCUAUCGGAAUGGGUUCUAUGUAGAGUACAUGAAUCGAUCAACGAUUCUCAAGGCAAAAAUUGUGAUGAUGAAGUUGAGCUCUCAGCUUUGGACGAAGUUUUUUUAUCAAUGGAUUAUGAUCAAGAAGAGGAGGAAAUAAGUUUUCCAUAUUAAUUAAUUAUAUUAGAGCUAAUUAAUUGAAAGUAUGGCUUGCAAGGACAGACUAUAUGUCUUAAUUAAUGUUGUAACACACGGUCUGUCAUAUAAUUAUACUUUAAGUACAUAGAUGUAUAUAUAUAAAAUAUCAAUGUAAUACUGGUUGAUAACAUGUAGUCUUUUAUAUCAAUAUACUUUUGAGUGCAUGUACAUUUAUGUAAUAUUGUAGCACCAUGUCUCUCAUAUAAUUAUACGUUG